AUGGGUGAAUCAAAGACGCCCGCCCAUGAUUCAACCCGAGAGUUGUCUGGGGAUGAGAACACCGUUCACGGAGGUCACGAUGGAUUAUGGAUUCAAUUUCUGACAUGGGCACGGUGGUAUCCAAGAGACAUGGAUCAUUUCGAAAAGCGACUGGUACUGAAAUUGGACGUUCUGAUUUUGACAUUCGGCUGUCUUUCGUUCUUCACGAAAUACCUUGACCAGCAGGCCAUUACGAAUGCUUAUGUAUCGGGAAUGAAAGAAGACAUUGGACUCGUCGGUAAUGAGCUCAAUUACAUCACAGCCGCAUUCUGGGCAGCAUAUUGUGCAUCUAUGAUCCCUGCAUGCUACUUUCUGACCAGAAGUCGAAUCAAUAUCGUUUUGCCUACGUUAGAAGCCGGGUGGGGCCUGUUCACAUUUGGAUGUGCCUGGGCACAGAAUCCGGACACCAUCUACGCGAUGCGGGUUCUCAUCGGCAUCUGCGAAUCGUGCUCCUUUACCGGUGUGAUAUAUGUCAUUGGAUCGUGGUAUAAGCCCGAAGAAAUCAGUCGUCGAGUGUCUCUGUUCUUCAUCGCAUCGCCUUUGGGGACAAUGUUUGCUGGUUAUCUUCAGGCGGCCGCCUAUACCAAUCUGAACAAUACGCAUGGAUUGGCCGGGUGGAGGUGGCUUUUCAUCGUCUGCACCAUCAUCACAAUACCCAUAUGUAUCCUCGGCUAUAUAGCAUUCCUAGACGUCCCGCAUCGCACCAAACCCCGGUUCCUAACCCAUAAAGAGCACGAACUCGCCAAUUCCCGCCUCGUAGGCCUCACAGCUCCAAGCCAACUGAAAGUCUCCCGUGACAUUUUCAAGCGUGUUCUCGGCCGCUGGCACUGGUACGUCUUCGUUGCGCAGUGGAUCCUCAUUGACCAGAACUUUCUGGCUUCGUCCACACCGUUCAGUUUGUAUCUCAAAGCAAAGCCGGACAUCUAUUCUGUCACCAGGAUCAAUACCCUCCCAACAAUUGCAACGGCUGUUUCUAUUGUAGCUGCCUUGAUCGCGGGGACCGCGGCGGACAAGAAGAGGAAUUUCUGGCUUCCUUCUAUCAUCACUACAAUUCCAGUUCUAUUGGGUCUUGUUUUGCUGGUAGUUUGGGAUGUGGGUGAGGCUGGACGACUGGCCGGCUUUAUUCUUACCGGAGCUGAGGGUGCAAUGAGCCCUCUCACUAUGAGCUGGGCAACUGUAACGAUGGCUAACGAUGCUGAAGAGCGUGCAAUUGUGACGGCCAGCAUGAACGCUAUCGGUCAAGCCAUGUCCGCUUGGACGCAAUUACUACAGUACCCAGCAGUGGAAGCCCCGAACUUCAGGGGAGGGUUUAUCUCGAAUCUGGCAACAACCGUGGCGCAGUUGGCGGUUGUUGCGAUUAUGUUGUUGCUCACUCGUUGGGAUGCCCGACGGACAAAAGAGUCGAAUCUAUCGGCGAUAUAG